CCGGCGCGGCCCGGCCCGGCGCGGGCGCUGCAUGCGGGCGGUGCGCCCCGCUCCGCUCCGCUCCGCGCUCGCCGGGGCCCCGGGGCCGCCGAGGCCGCGCCGCGCCCGGGACAUGCGGCCGCCCCCGCCGGCGAGGAGGCGAUGAGGCUCCGCAGCGGCACGGCGCUCACGCUGCUGCUCGGCUGCCUGUGCGCCCUGCUCUCGCUCUCCUGGUACGGCGCCUUCGGCGGGCACAAAGGUGACGUUGUGGACAUCUACCAACGGGAGUUUCUCGCCCUCCGGGACCGACUGCACGCAGCCGAGCAGGAGAGCCUGAAGCGCUCCAAGGAGCUCAACCUGGUCCUGGAGGAGAUCAAGAGAGCUAUCUCGGAGAAACAGGCCCUGCGGGAUAUAAACCGGACCUGGAGCAGCUUAUCUGACGAAACCAAGUUAAAACUGUGGAAUAUCACCAACAAGAAUGUGCUGCACCUUCCCACCAUCUUCCAUCAUUUGCCACAUUUGCUGUCAAAGGAGAACAGUCUGCAGCCAGCCGUGCAUGUGGGACAGGGGCGCACUGGAGUGUCCGUCGUGAUGGGAAUCCCCAGCGUGAAGCGGGAGGUGCAUUCCUACCUCACAGACACCCUCAACUCCCUCAUCUCAGAGCUCACUCAGCAGGAGAAGGAGGACUCCGUCAUCGUCGUCCUCAUCGCCGAGACAGAUCCGCAGUACACAGCCGGAGUGGCAGAAAAUAUCAAAAAUUUAUUCCCAAAGGAAAUACACUCAGGUCUCCUGGAGGUAAUUUCCCCAUCUCCACAUUUCUAUCCUGAUUUCUCCCACCUGCGGGAAUCCUUUGGGGACCCCAAGGAAAGAGUCAGGUGGAGGACAAAGCAGAACCUCGACUACUGCUUUUUAAUGAUGUAUGCCCAGUCCAAAGGCAUCUAUUACGUGCAGCUGGAGGAUGAUAUUGUGGCCAAACCGAACUAUCUCAGCACAAUGAAGAACUUUGCCUUGCAGCAGCCCUCUGAGGAGUGGAUGAUCCUGGAGUUUUCUCAGUUGGGGUUUAUCGGAAAAAUGUUCAAGUCUCUGGAUCUGAGCCUGAUCGUGGAGUUCAUCCUGAUGUUCUAUAAGGACAAACCCAUUGACUGGCUGCUGGAUCACAUCCUUUGGGUGAAAGUCUGCAACCCUGAGAAAGAUGCAAAACACUGCGACAGGCAGAAGGCAAACCUGAGGAUUCGCUUCAAGCCCUCGCUCUUCCAGCAUGUGGGAACCCACUCCUCCUUGGCUGGGAAGAUACAGAAGCUGAAGGACAAGGACUUUGGGAAGCAGGCCCUGCGGAAGGAGCACGUCAACCCUCCUGCGGAGGUAAGCACCAGCCUGAAGACCUACCAGCACUUCACCUUGGAGAAGGCUUACCUGCGGGAGGACUUCUUCUGGGCCUUCACUCCCACUGCCGGAGACUUCAUCAGAUUCAGAUUCUUCAAACCACUCCGCAUCGAAAGGUUCUUCUUCCGCAGCGGGAACAUCGAGCACCCAGAAGACAAACUCUUCAAUACGACUGUGGAGGUUCUGCCGUUUGACAGCCUGCAGUCAGACAAGGAAGCCUUGCAGGAGGGAAGAGGCACAGCUGUCAAAUACCGCAGGAUGACGGAUGGCUACAUCCAGAUAGGCUCCUUCUCCAAGGGCAUUGCAGAGGGCGAGGUGGAUCCAUCCUUCGGGCCGCUGGAAGCCAUCAGGCUGUCCAUCCAGACCGACUCCCCGGUGUGGAUCAUCUUGAGCGAGAUUUUUAUCAAAAAAGCAGAGUGAAAUGGGCCUGAGGAAGGGUGGACACGCAUGGAUCCCUGGUCCUUCUCCCUCCCCUCCUGCUCCCUCCUCCCUGCGGCACCAGGACAGCGCAGGACAGCUGCCGGGGGACGGCUGCGUGCUGUGGGGCCAGGACGUCACCUUGUCACCUUCUCCAGCAGAAGAGCAAACAGCGAUGCCCUGUGCAGAGGGCUGGCUUUGCUCGGGCCGCACCGGCACAGCGAGAGCUUGGCGUCGGGAUGAGCUUUAGCAAGUGUGCGGGAUGGAAAGCACCUCCAGCCCAGGACAGGGCCACCUCCAGCCCAGGACAGGGCCACCUCCGGCUGCAUCUGGGGACAGAGCGGGGGCUUGGUCACGUUGAGUCCUGCUGGGACAGAGGCGGUGGGGGACCCGGCUCUGCCUUGCUUUCGUCCAGGCAACAGCCCUGGCCACAGCCGAGGAUUCAGUGGGGGUGAAGACUGACCCUCCUCCGGCAGAGGAGGAACGAAUCCAAAGGGGUUGGAGCUAUGAGUAUGGCAGGGAAAACAAAAAAAAAACAAAACAAAACAAAAGCCACACUGUGCCUGCCAGCAUUGAACACAGCCCCGUAACUCACGGUGAAGUCUCCAGUGUCUUCAUGCCUUGAGGUGGAGUGCAGAAACCAUCUUUUUUAAAUAACGAUUUCAGUUAUGGAUUGGUGUGAAUUUUUGGGGGGAGAAAAAAAAAAGCAGAAGUAGCCCAGUUCAAAAAUAGUAGGGAUUAGUGUAAAUCCCAAUAUCUUUUCAGCUAUACACUGGAAUGCAUUAUACUACUUUAAUGUGCUGUAUUUUUUAUUAUUGGAUACAUUUGAUUUUUCCAGUACAUCUCUAUAUAUAAAUAUAUAAAAUAACGUGCACUGUAAUAAAAGCUAAAUUUAAACCUUU